AUGACUUUCAAUCCCUUGGCUGUUAUUCUUAAAGAAAAAAAACUGGUUGGACCUAAUUAUAUUUACUGGAAAAGGAUCUUGGAUAUUAUACUAACUGCAAAGGAGUACAAGUUUGUGCUCGUAGAGGUAUGUCCACAGAAACCCGGUGAAGGGGCAACCGAUGAGGAAACCCAAGCUUACCAAAAGUUGAUUAAGCCUGAUGAGAUGGUGCGGUGUUACAUAUUGGCAUCUAUGUCGAAUGUUCUGCAACAUCAGUAUCAGUCUAUGCCUUCGGCCUAUGAUAUAAUGCAAAAUCUCAAAGAAAUUUUUGGGGGAUCAAAAUCGUGCUGCUAG